CGACCACCUUGCGAAAAGUGCGAUGUGGGCCAACUCGGCGCGGCAUGUGUCGCGCAGCGUACACUUGAUGCAUUCGCGCGCUACAAGCCCUCUCACGCGGAUUCCAUUAGCGCCUAUGAAGGGUUUCAACGUGCAAACCAGUCGCAUUGGUCGAGUGUCGCUCCGUCUGACGAGUUCCAUCGCCACAACACCUGCAGGCGGCAAUGCGAUCUCGUGGGUCGCUGCUUGUGCAACCGGUGGCUUUGCUGGCGUCGUUUCGGCCCUGACAGGCGUGGGAGGGGGUAUUAUUAUCCUCCCGACACUGGCUAAAUGGACCAGCCUGACCCAGCAAACUAUCAAUGGCACAUCAAUCGCCGCGGUCACGGUCAGCGCCUCCGUGGGCUCAGUAAACUACCUCACCGCUGGAGCUUGCAACGUCCCGAUGGCCGUCCUGGUCUCAUGCUCUUCGGUGUUCUUUACGAAACUGGGGGUGCAGCUAGCGCACAAACUAAGUCAAGUCCAUUUGCGACGUGUUGUGGGCACAGCCAUGCUCAUUAGUGUUCCGUUUAUCUACUUCAAGGACCGCCUCCAGGAAUGGAAGCGAGGGCAAGGCGACCCAGGGCGACCCUUAGCUCUGUCCGAGAAGCUCGACUUGCAAUACUUCAACGACCACCCGUCCUUUUCGUCGUACGUAGAAGCAGUGUCGGCUGACUGGACUGGGUUUGCCGCCGGGAAUGUAAAGUACUUGGUGGCUGGGGCCUUGUCUGGCUUCAUCUCUGGUCUCUGUGGACUAGGAGGUGGAAUCUUGAUGACAACUUACUUGACCGCUGCAAGCGACAUGCCGCAGUCCCACAUCAUUGGGACGUCCUUGCUCGGCAUUGUGCCCGUGGGCCUCUCGUCCACAUACCACAACCUGAAGAAGCAGUCGCUGCACCUCCCCACGGCGCUCAAGAUCGGUGUCGGCCUUGUCACGGGUGUCGCAGUCACGUCCAAGUUUAUCACGCUGCAAAUGUCCCAGGACAACCUGCGCCUCAUUCUCGGGUCGACCCUCGCCACCUCGGCCAUCGUGAUGCUCAAGAAGGCGUAGGCAAGUUGCGAAUACAUUGACGUUUAUUUGAUAACGCAUGGCCAUUGCUGGCGAAUAUUGUCGGCCAUGGCGUUAAGGUAGCUUCUUCUCGUACACGCGUUCUUGCGUGACUGGGUCGACCCCAAAGAUCUCGACGUAUUCCACCUUGGGAAGCCCCCAACUGGUCGUCGACUGGACGUACACCCGCUCCAAGUACACGUUCGCCUUGCCGUUAACAGUCGAGCGCGCACGAACCUGGCCGUUUGAGUCAACAAAGAUGACGAUUCUUCGA